AUGAUGAGAAAAGGGCACAGUUUUACUCAAUUUGCUGUGAGCACGUGCAGCGGUCAGCCAAUCACCAUCGGAGCAAAUACCGAGCGCGUGAGCCUCACUCAGCCUCCUUCAGUAACAGAUGGCCUGAAAACAUCAAAAGUCAAGGGUAAAAACAGCCGCAUCAAGAGGCCCAUGAAUCCCUACAUUAUUUGGGCAAGGAAACACCGGUCUGUCUUGGCCAGGGCCAAUCCAAAUGCCAGCUGUGCUGAGGUCAGUGAGCAGCUUGGAAUUGAAUGGAGGAAGCUGAGUGAAGACCAGAAGAUGCCCUACUACCUAGAGGCAGCGAGGCUUAAAUGGGAACACAGCCAACAGUUUCCAGAUUGGACGUACAACCCUCGUCCACAGAAGAGAAAGCAAGUUUGCCCGGACGAAGCAGCUCCAGAAACUUCAGCUAUACAGAGCAAUCUAAUAUUGCCUGACAAUGACUUGACUACACAUCAUCAGAAGAGGAAGGAAGUCGGCCUGGAAGUAGCUCCUCCAGAAACUUCCUCUGAUGCCUCACCAGCCAAAUCCCAGGCCCUGCUGCAGAGAUCUAGUAGUUUGGAGAAAACAUCCUCACCGAGAAGACCUGAUCGAGAGCCAACCCCACCUCGUUUCCCUGACGAUUUACUGUCCUGCAUGCCUGAGCCGUUAUUCACCCAGACCAGCACCUUGGACUAUCAGGAAACCUCCAUUGGGAUGGACCUGAAUGAUCACUCUUUCCCGGACUAUGAUGACUUUUCUGCCCUAGAUCAGUAUCUUUUUGAUCAAGAGUCUGUGGCAGACAGCAAAGACACUAACAGCAGAGACACUUACAGCAGAGACACCCAUCUCAGCGCAGGCCUAAAAUCUCCACCAGUCCUGGACACCAAUGCCUUGGAAGAGUUGUUAAACUCUCUGCCUCAUUCAGUUAAUUAUUAA